CUCCAUUCAACGUCCGUUUGAAAAUUAUCGCGCAAGAUUGAGAAACAAAGAAAUUUAAAGAAGUCAAGAUAUAUAUAAAGACUAAAGAAGAUUUAUCUCUCAAAACCUUUGGGAAUUAGCUUGCCAAUGGAUUACAUAAGAAAUUGGAGGCGAUAUCAUGCUGAAGUUGAUGCAUUAGCUCAAUUAAGCGAUCAAGAGCAGGAAUUUUCUCCAUCAUUAAGUGACACAGCUGAAGAAGUUGUGACAGAAAACAACGACUUUCAGAGGCAGGGAGGUAGUCAGAAUAGUGAUGACAGCUACAGUGACAAUUAUCAGUCAGAAAGUGACAACAAUUAUGAAUUUAAUGACUUUGAUUCUGAACACGAUAGAUUUUCAGAUUCUGAUGAUUCUGAUAACUACCAUCAAGUUAAUGAAGAAGAGGAUUGUUUUCAGGAACAUGUACCAAAUUGUGCAGCCAAUCUAGCCGGUUGGGCAACUACUAGCAAGUGUACUCGUUCUAGUCUUAAUCAAUUACUUGACAUUUUAAGGCAAGAAGGACUUCGUCUUCCAAAAGACUCGAGAACUCUCUUGCAAAAUCCACGAUCUAUAACUACUAUAAAAAAGUGUGGUGGGGAUUAUUUAUAUUUAGGAUUAGAGAGUGGACUGUUAAAAGUUAUCUCAGAAAAUUUACAGCAUUUUAAAAGGAUUGAGAAUCUUGAAUUGAGUAUAAGUAUAGAUGGAGUUCCACUUUUCAAAUCAUCAAGUGUACAGCUAUGGCCAAUAUUAUGCAGUGUGAAGCAAUUUGAACCUUUUGUUGUUGCUGUUUAUUGUGGUGAUACUAAACCAAACUCUGUAGAUGAAUACUUAUUUGACUUUCUGUCUGAAAUAACAAACUUGCAACAGAAUGGAAUUAACAUGCAUGAUGGCGAUGCUGAUAUUGGUCAAUUUAAAGUGUUAGUCAGUGCUUUUAUUUGUGAUGCACCUGCCAGAUCCUUUUUAAAGUGCACUAAGUCACAUAAUGGAUAUUAUUCUUGUGAACGAUGUGUUAUUAAAGGAAGAUGGUGUCAACGUCGUGUUAUCUACGAUAUUGGUGAACACCUUCAACCUGCAAGAACUGAACAAGGCUUCAAAAAUUUUGAAUACCAAGAUCACCAGAUAAAACAAACUCCUUUAAUAGAUGCUGGUUUGUCUUGCAUAAAAUCUUUUCCCUUGGACUACAUGCACCUUGUCUGUUUGGGUAUUGUCAAACGCAUUUUGCUUUUCUUGAAACAGGGGCCAAGGGAAUGUAGAUUAUCUCAUCAACAGAUCAAAGUAUUGUCCGAUAAACUUUCUUACUUAAAUGGGAAAAUGCCAAGAGAGUUUGCACGUCAACCCCGUUCACUGUACUACUUAGAUAAGUGGAAAGCAACAGAAUUUAGACAGUUUCUUUUAUAUACGGGCCCAUUAGUAUUGCGUUCUGUUGUUCCAGAAAGACUAUUCAAACAUUUUUUAACAUUGACAGUAGCAAUGUCUAUUCUCCUAGAACCAUCUGACGACUUUCGGAAUUUACACUUGGAUUAUGCUAGACAGCUCUUGAUAUAUUUUGUGAGAACAUCGCCUACUGUAUAUGGAGAUAUAUUUCCCUCAUAUAAUGUUCACUCACUAAUUCAUAUAGCAGAUGAUGUGGAACAUUAUGGAUCUUCCUUAAACCAAAUCAAUGCUUUUAAGUAUGAAAACUAUUUGCACAAGCUUAAGAAAAGUGUGAGGUCAGCCCAAAAUCCGAUUGCCCAAGUAGGAAAAAGAAUUGUUGAAAUGGAUAAAUCAAAAUGUAGAAAAAGUACGAAGUCGAUUCACGUAUAUGUUUCUAAAAAGAAAAAAGACAGUUGCUUUUUAUUGGCAAAUGGGAAAUUUGCUUUUGUUAAAGAGAAAAGGGAAAAUAAAAGAUAUUUAUGUGAUGUAAUAAGCCAGAGCCAUUUGGAAAAUUUCUUUAAAAAUCCCUGUGAUUCAAAAUUGCUGAACAUUGUUAUUUUUAAAAGCAACACAUACAUUUGAAUCGUGUUUUACUAGAUCAUGAUGACAUCCAGAAGAAAGUUGUUUGCAUCCCCUACGAAAGAAACUAUCUUCUGUUACCGAUGUUGCAUGGAAUGGAGAGAUGGUGAAUCGUAUCCAAGAACAACCUGCAUAGUCAUAUAAUAAAGAAUGGAAAGGGAAAUGUGUUCUUUUAUGUGUAUGCACACA